GCCGGAUCUACGUCGGACCGGAGCGAUUGCUUUUCUGCGACGUCAACAACGCCAAAGAUCUAAACCGCUAUCAACUUGGCUUAUCAUAGUAUGGGUUUGUUAUUGGGGUGCUUUCAGAAGAAUUGGAUGUGAUCGUUUUAUGUCAGUAGCUUUGCCCCAUGGGGAUUCCCGGACUCAUCAAUGCCAUUGGCCCUGGAGAACGGAUUUCACUAUCUAAAUUGGCCAUAACGCAUCUGGAACAAACAGCAAGGCCCAUCCGGAUCGCGGUCGAUAUCUCAAUAUGGCUGUUCCAGGUGCAGGCUGGGCGAGGCGGAAGGAACCCCGAAAUCCGGACACUGUUCUACCGACUUUUGAAAUUUUUAGCUUUGCCCAUUCAUCCUCUCUUUGUCUAUGAUGGGAAGAACAAGCCGCCGCUUAAACGAGGGAAAGCGGUUUCUGGACGGGGAAAUGCGCCUAUUAUCCAGGUAUCGAAGCGCUUGAUCGAUUUGUUCCGGUUUCCUAGGCAUGAGGCCCCGGGAGAGGCAGAGGCGGAAUGUGCGAAUCUUCAAAGAGCUGGUAUCGUCGAUGCUGUGAUGAGCAAUGAUGUCGAUGCUAUGAUGUUUGGGUCGAAAACGACCAUUAUGAAUUUCUCCAAGGAGAACGGUAGUACUACUUCUGCGUCGCAUGUCACUUGCUAUCGGAUGGGAAAUCAAGCGGAUAGGCCUAAUGUCGAUCUCGAUCGUCCUGGCAUGAUUCUCUUUGCGAUGCUUAGUGGAGGUGACUAUCUGCCAUCUGGUGUCCCGAAGUGCGGUAGCAAAUUGGCAGCGGAGAUCUCGAAGGCUGGUUUUGGAUCAGAUCUCCUGGAUGCAAUCAACGCCAAGGGUACGGAACGGAUGGAGAAGUUGAGCGAAUGGAGAGAGCGACUCCAAUAUGAGUUGGAAGAGAACGAGAGUGGUUUUUUCAACACCAAGCACAAGGCCGUCCGGAUUCCGCAGACUUUCCCGGAUCAGACGAUUUUGGAGUAUUAUGCUUCACCUGCUGCGUCCCAAGCCGAAGAACUUGACAUUUUGCAGCACCGUUUGAUGAACGCUUGGGACCAGGACAUUGACCCUUUAGAGAUUAGGCAUUUCGCCGCAGGAUUUUUUGACUGGAAUUACCGCUCUGGAGCGCGGAAAGUAGUACGACUGCUUGCGGAACCUUUGGUUUCUUAUAAGAUCCGUCUCAGAAGACAACUGAACGGCCCGGCACUGUCGAACAGCGAAAUUCCUAUGCUGCAGAAAAUCUACAAAAGCCGCGCAAAUUACAGUACAGAUGGCCUGACGGAGUUGCAAGUCGAUUUCAUCCCAGUAAACGUUGUUGGCCUGGACCUUUUCGCAGAGGAACCCAAUCCUCCACUUCCAUCACAGGAAACAGCGGCAUCCGGUGAUGAAGUGGACGAUGACCUCGAAGCUCCUGCUGAAUCCGUUCCCCAGUCUCCCGUCAAGAAACGAGUUACUAAGCGUUACGACCCCUACGCACCGGAGAAGGUGUGGGUUUUCGAAGCAUUGGCUAGAAUCGGCAUCCCAGAUGUAGUCGAACAGUGGGAAACAGAACGGGCUGCGAAGUUAGCGCCAAAGAAGCCAACCAAUCGAAAGACAGGCCCUAAAAAGAAGAAACAAUUAGACCCGGGGAUGAAACACGGAAGUAUCUUGAAAUACGGUACACUCACGAAACCACGCCCCGAGGUCUCUCAGUUCAAACAAGCGCAGCUAUUCGAAGCAGCACUCCCCAGUACGCCAAACUCAAGCCAGCUGCCAGGGCCGCGAUCACAAAGUCGCACACGUACAGCAUCCCCAAAUUUCAACAUGCCAGGUCCUGGGACAGCCUGGGCAGACAGCCUGGACAACCUCGUUGACAUCUUCUCGCCCUCAUAUACAAUGCCACCCGAACUAAGUUCAAAGAGCCGUAGCUGUGGGAGACCCCGUCUCGAAUCCCGGCGCGCAGCAAUCUGCUUAGACGGCAUCGAAGUGAUAGAUUUGGAAGCGUCAGGAGAUGAAUUUACCCUGGAAAUUCCCUCUCCUUCGCCAACCUAUCCACAGAAACUCAAGAUCAGCGUCGGCUAUCCAGCUUUAUCCGAAGUAGAGGAUAAACCCAAACCCAAAGCGAAGACGAAGAUGAAGACCCCUGCAUCAUCACCCUUGCCCUCCCCAACCAUGAAGAGCAACAGGCGCGCCCAGAAAGACAUUCAGUGCGUUUCGGAGGAUUUGAAAAAUGACGAGAAUCCAGUAAAAUCUUUGCCUGAGCCACAAUCACAACAUUUCCCCGUUUCUGAUGGACACACCGAACCUUGUGAUUGCACCGAACCAGCACCCCCAAAGCGCCGGUCGCCGAAGAAAACACCGCUAACACCAAGGACCAAUGAACCCACACCAGAGUACAAGACGGACAAUACACUCUCAUCAGUUAUGGAAUAUCUUCCGCAAGCGCCACAAUUUAAGAAAGCAGAGAAGAAACACCAAGAACUGAAACAACGCGCGAAGAACAAUGGGCUAUCACAGUCUGAAUCUUUCGAAGCCAGGGGCUCCAAAAAACACACCAAACCGCUCGAAGAUCUGUCAAGCCCCAGAAAUGGAAAAUCUCAGCAAGUCGAAGCCGUGAUAGCGCACAACAGUUCCUGGGUUGUGGAGCCUCGCUCUGAGUCUGAGAAUGAUGGCAAUGCAAAGGACGGUGAUGACUCGGGGAGUCAACGCAAAGAAACGAAGGCGAAGAAGCGCAUUCCGCGUGUGAGCAUCUUGGACCUGACCUGAUUGAGCUGGGCUUUGUUUUUUUUCUCUAUUGUUACUAUUGCAUCAUGUUGGUUCGGGUUUAGGCGUUGGGAGUUAGAGUAUGAUACAGCGUAUAGAUAGCUGAAUAUGAAUAUGAUUAUUUCC